CCCAGAACGAUUCAAGUGGAAUCAGACCUCACGCACACAGACAGUAGACAUGGCUCUCUCGGGAUUAGCUCAGCGGGUUGUGGUAGUCGCUGGUGCGACAGGCGGAAUAGGACGGGCUAUCUCUGAACUCUAUGUUAGAGAAGGCUGCAAGGUUGCGCUUCUGGGGCGUACCGAAAAAACCCUGGUUGAACUCCAAAGCCACCUACUUGAACUGGCGAAUAAAGAACACGCAGAGAAUGAUAAGCAACUAUCAGCGGUGUAUGUUGCCACUUGCGAUGUCACUGACAGCCCAAGCGUGAAGAAAGCGGUCACGGACAUCAUCGCAAACAUUGGCGCACCCGAUAUAUUAGUAAACGCCGCUGGCGUGGCAGAGGACGGCCUGCUUUUACGGAGCUCGGACAAGUCUAUACAGAAUAAUAUAAAUACAAAUCUGAUUGGUCCUAUGGUAACAUCACGCGCGGUGCUUCCGCCAAUGCUUCGAAAAGGCGGAUGCAUCAUUAAUAUCGGAAGUGUUGUGGGCACUCACGGCAAUGUAGGCCAGUGUGCGUACAGCGCUGCUAAAGCUGGGCUAGUAGGCUUCACCAAGUCCUUGUCUAAAGAGGUUGGGAGCCGGGGUAUCCGAGUCAACCUGAUCAAUCCCGGAUACAUUGAGACGCCCAUGACGGCGCAUAUACCCCAAGAAAAAAUAGAUAAGAUCAUACAGAACACUACACUCGGGCGCUUGGGUACUACUGAUGACAUAGUGCAGGCUGUGCGCUUUGUCUCGACGUGUACCUUCAUUACGGGCCAGGUACUGCACGUGGACGGAGGGCUUGUGCUCUGAUCUUCCCGAAUUUAUGCUGAGAAAUAAUCGCACGCCACGGUAGGCAAUGCCGACCCACCAGGUGGCAGACCCACACGCGACUUGAGUAUACCAAAUGCACUCCGGGAAAGUUGAUCUACUUGGAAUAUGUACCUAUACACCGGUCGAUUCUAUCGAAGGCGAUUUAUACACCCCAGUCAUCAUUAGUGGUAGGCAGAAAGCAGAUAAAGGCACCCUGCGCACUGUACUUUGACCCGGGUCACAGGUUUUGUCGACGUAGACGCCAUUACGUGAGGAAGUGGAUUAAUCCCAACUACUUUCAAACGGGACUGUUUCCAGUGAGUGCGAUUAUCUCGUAUGAUUCUUCAUCGUCUGCGACACACCUGUCCGUGUAUAGGACGUACAUCGCAGUAUAUGCAGAGUGAGCUUUGUACGAGAAGAGUUGCUGUAAAAUGGGCCGAAACACCAUAUCUAUCCCAAAGAAAAUAAAUGUUCUGUUGCUAUGCCAUACGUUGUGGUAAUCAGAUCUAUCCAUCGC